CUUUUUAAAUGCUACGCUGAAAGAUGUGUAGUUCCGAAGUUCAUUUUCACUCAUAACACUUAAUUAAACACCUAAUUUAAAUACAUGAAAAUUGAAAUUUAAUAUUUAUUAAAGAUCGAAUCUUCCUCUUUUGUUUUUACUCUCAUAUUUUUGGACAGCAUUGAAGUGUUUAAUGCAUUCACUUGAUCUGUGACAUAUCGCGGUAUUCUUCUCUGCUUAGUCUGUCUGCUACGACUUAUUUAAAAUGUAUUUUAGAAAUCUAAGUCUGCGUUUUCUGUUGUUAUGCAUUAUUUUGCUUGCUAUGUGUUUUUGUGUUUCGUUUGUGUCCGCCGAAGAACCAACUUCUACUGUAAAUGCAGUUCGAGUCGAUGCUAAAAUGGAUUUCCAAGGGAAUUAUGAUGACGUGGGGGGUGACUUCAAGAAACCCGGUACAUUUUUCCACAAAGUCAAAGAUUUUACUCACUUGGGAUUCAUCCAUGGCUUUGUCGCUGCCAUUUCUGUGAUCAUAGUAUCUGAGAUUGGAGACAAAACAUUUUUCAUUGCAGCCAUCCUGGCUAUGCGUUUCUCCAGAGUCACUGUGUUCUUGGGGGCUAUGUCUGCUCUCACAAUAAUGACUAUUUUGUCUGCUUGUCUUGGCUUUGCUACAACGGUGAUCCCAAGAAUGUACACUCAUUACAUAUCAACAGCAUUGUUUGCGAUUUUUGGUUUGAAAAUGUUGAAGGAAGGUUAUUCCAUGUCUCCUGAUGAAGGACAAGAGGAGUAUGAUGAAGUCCAAAAACAUAUUCUCAAGAGAGAAAUAGAGUCUGGUUCACCAGCUGAUAUUGAAAGUGGCAUCAUUAAGAUUGAGAGGUUGAAGAGGAUAAGACAGAAGCUGAUGGUAUUUUUUUCCAGAAUUUUUUUGGAAUCUUUUACUAUGACAUUUUUAGCUGAAUGGGGAGAUAGGUCUCAGCUAACUACCAUCAUUUUGGCGGCAAGAGAGGAUGCAAUUGGAGUCACAUUGGGAGCAGUUAUUGGUCAUGGUAUUUGCACAAGUAUUGCAGUGAUUGGUGGUCGCAUUAUAGCACAAAGAAUAUCAGUUAGAUCAGUGACUUUUAUUGGAGGAGUGGUGUUUCUCAUCUUUGCUGUUUGGGCAUUAGCAGUAGGGCCAGGUUCAUGAUGACACUCAUCAUAGGUAUUUUUUAUGUCUAAUUUCCUGCUAAGUGAUCAAUUGGUUUUGGACGUGAGAAGACGUUGUCUGAGACAGUGAACAUUGUGCAUAUGGACGUAAUAUUUCAAAGCAGUCAUUCUGCUUGCUAUUGAAGAGCUUCAAAAAAUAAUUUAUAUUUACCACUUUGAAACAACACUUCCAAUUUCCUUUUAACAAAUUUUGUUUGCUAUUAAUAUUUCCUUAUUGGUGCCAUUAUUUUCUAAAUACCAUAACGCAUCUUUUUAUGGAAGUAUGUAUAUGUUGCCGAGCAACAUAUGGAACAUCAAAAUUCAUACUUGCUGGCAUCGAAAUUUAAGUUUUUUCCUCUAAGAGUCAAUAAAAUUUACUUUUAAAAUGAUAGAAAAGUAAAAUUUGUGUAAAAUACAUAUUAAUAGAUUAUCAUAACAUUACAAGCUGACAUAAAAUGGAAGAUUUAAGUGUUUUCUUUUCUUACUUCCUCUCUUUUUUUUUUGCCAAAGUUCAUAAAUAAUAUUUUAGGAAUACAGUAAAAUCUCGUUGAUCAGGCCCUUGUUCAUCUCAAUCAAAUUUGUAGCCUUUAAAAAAAUUAUGUUCACAUAGAUAGUUCUAAAUUCAGCAAAAGCAUAACUAUAGGUACCUUGAACAUUGAUUUUUUAAAAAUUUUGAUUAACUGUACAGUUCCUGGGUUUAUGUACAAUAAUUAUGGUAAUUUAACAAACCCUGCAGUUGAACUACAAUGAUAAAAUAUUAGGAGGGAUUGUAUAGUGACAGACAGACACAAAACAGUAGACCACAUGGGCACCUAUGUGUGUCAUUUUAGAGGGGAGCUCAGAUUUUAAUUUAAGUUAGAAAAAAAUGGGCUUUCUUCUAUUUACAAACUAAUUAAAGAAAGUUAGUUUCAUAAAAAUUUUCUGUUUUAAUAUUCAAUAGACUUCUAACCAUUUGUUGGGAAUUCAAAUUUUUGUUUGUUAAGAAAACAGAUAGAAAUUUGUUAUUUGAAAGACAUUUUUAUUACUCUAAAAGCAAAACAAAAUGCAGAUUAAAAUUAGUAAUUUUUUAAAGUAAAGAAAGUUAAAAUCUUGGUCAUUCAUGGAUGGCUAUGUUUAAUGUUUUUAAAUGAUAUUUAUGCUCAAAACUUUAUUUAAAACUUGACAGUACCAAUGUCUAGAGGGGGGCUUGUGCCCCCUUCUCCUUUAUGGGCAUCCAUGGUAGACCAAUCCUUUAUUAAGAAAUUAAUGUGAAUCAUAUUUUUUUAAUGUCUUCUGAAGAAAUCUGUGGUACUUUAUUUAAAAAAUGUUUUUUUUAUAUUAAUGAACUCUAAAUCUGCUUGUUGAAGUACUUGCUUUGCUUAUUCCAAUACUAUCCGUAUUAUACAGAUUUUUAACUAUCUGAAUUGCCUUUAGUCCCAAUUAGUUCGAAUAAACGAGGUUGUACUGUACAGCUUCAUUCUUUGACUUCAAAUUUCUAAUCCCAAAAAAACCAAGAUACUUAUAAUCAACUAACCAGGAAGUAGAGGAGAACACUUUUGUUAACUUCAUCUACAGGUAAAGUCAUAAUUAUCCCGAAAUCUAAACACUAGUCCAUUCCUUUAGAAUGCUGAUGUUCUAUAUAAUGCCAUUUACAUGCUUCCACACACACAUAUAUUUACUUAUUUAUUCAUGGUUAAAGAGGUUGUAAAAAAUUGUGCUUACUUGUUAAUCAUAUAGUUACAAUGAAAAUCAUAUCAGAAUUUAUAAUAAUUUUACUGAAUUAAAUAUUUAAAAUAUUUGAGCAAAAGCUAGUUCAUUGCUGAUAUUUACUUGAAAUUUUGUGAGGUUUGUCCUUUGUAAAAUCAUCAUCCUUAUAUUGAAAUAUACUUCAAUUGUUGUUUGAUGUGACGGUUGUUGAAUUGUGAUAAAAUUUGAUGUCAUCAUUUUGCUGUUAUUUCCUAUUUUAAAGUUGCAGUAAACUCCCUAUUAUCCGCGAGUCAAUUGACUAUCAAAUGUAUAAACCCAGCAAAAGCAAAUACCAACAGCUGUUUUAUUGUUGUUAAAUUGUAAAUUUAAACUCAGUAGUUUUUGUUUCAUUUAUUUAUUUAAUUUUUGUUCUUUCUUCAUCGUACAUAUUUGUCCAUUUAUGAUGCCAAGUUCUGCUGCUCAAAAAUACAAAAUUUUUCGACUCUGCUGUACAUAUUUUUGCCGUUUGUAGAAAGUAUAAAUGUGUCAAUACAGCUAAGUUUUUGAGGGCAGGGGACAAUUUUCACCUUAUUUGUCCCCCAUUUUACCCUUUUUGGGGUUUAUCUGUGACUUUUAUUAUCCGCGGCACUGGUGCCACCUGAUUCCUCAGAUUAUCGGGAGUUUACUAUAAUUUUAAAAUUGCAUUACUGCAC